CAAAGUGAAAAAAAUGGGUUUGAGAGAAGGAUAUAAAGACAGUCACGUAGAAACCAAACUCCACAAUCCACUCCUGAGACAAAGCUCCACUUCAGAACAACAUGAUGCUCAAGUCUGUCACAGCAAGCUUUGCCAAAGUGAUUCAUGGCUUGAAAGUGGGACACCUGACCGAUCACGUCAUUCAGAGGAGCAAGAGGAUGAUUCUGGAUACUCUGGGCGUUGGGUUCCUGGGAACCAACACAGAAGUGUUUCACAAAGCCCAUGAAUACAGUAAAGUCUACACUUCCAGUGUAUCCAGCACUGUUUGGGGUCGGCCAGGCUUCGGGCUCCCACCAGCAUAUGCUGCUUUCGUUAAUGGUGUGGCUAUUCACUCAAUGGAUUUUGAUGACACGUGGUACCCUGCCACUCACCCUUCUGGACCUGUCCUUCCUGUCCUCAUGGCUUUAUCAGAAGCCCUGCCUCCAAGUCCAAAGUGUUCUGGCCUUGACCUGCUGUUGGCUUUCAAUGUUGGAAUUGAAGUGCAAGGCCGAUUAAUGCAUUUCUCCAAGGAAGCCAAUGACAUACCAAAGAGAUUCCAUCCCCCCUCAGUGGUGGGAACUCUGGGGAGUGCUGCUGCUGCAUCUAAGUUUUUGGGGCUCAGCGUGACGGAGUGCCAAGAGGCCCUGGCUAUUGCUGUUUCUCAUGCUGGGGCACCCAUGGCAAAUGCCGCCACUCAGACCAAGCCCCUUCAUAUUGGCAAUGCUGCUAGGCAUGGGAUAGAAGCUGUUUUCCUGGCAAUGCUGGGUCUCCAGGGAAACAAGCAGGUCUUGGACAUGGAGACAGGGUUUGGGGCCUUCUAUGCCAACUAUUCCCCAAAAGUCCUUCCAGACCUAGAUUCAUAUACUUGGUUGCUGGACCAGCAGGAUGUGGCCUUCAAGGUUUUCCCUGCGCAUCUGGCCACCCACUGGGUGGCAGACGCAGCUGCAUCUGUGAGAAGACACCUUGUGACAGACAGAAUCCUGCUUCCCAUUGACUGCAUUGAGAGAAUUGUGCUUAGAAUUCCAGAUGUCCAGUAUGUGAAUAGGCCCUUCCCAGACUCAGAGCACGAAGCCCGCCACUCCUUCCAGUAUGUGGCCUGUGCCACGCUGCUUGAUGGUGCCAUCACUGUCCCAUCGUUCCACAAAUGCCAGAUCAACAGGCCACAGGUGAGAGAGCUGCUGGGUAAGGUGGAGCUGGAGCACCCUCGAGACAACCUCCCAAACUUCAACACACUGUACUGCGAGGUAAGUGUCGUCCUCAAGGAUGGAGCCAUCUUCACAGAGCGCUGUGAUACCUUCUACGGUCACUGGAGGAAGCCUCUGAGCCAGAAGGACCUACAGGAAAAGUUCAGAGCCAAUGCCUCCAGGAUGCUGUCCUGCUACACAGUAGAAAGGCUUAUAGAGCUAGUAGAAAACCUAGAAGUCGUAGAAGACUGUUCUGUGCUGACUGCUCUUCUGAAAGAACCCUCUCCACCAGAAGUGGCUUCGAAAUCUAUCUAGCAUUUAACAAUUCCAUCAUACAAUCUCUCCUGAGGCUUACCAACAUCUAAAUGACUUUUUACAUUGGGGGAAAUUCAAUGCUUUGCUUUACAGAGCAAGGGUCUGUUCUUGGUCUGCUCAGGAAUAAAUGCAGCAUGCUGAAGAGAGUCCAGACACAGAAUCAGAUAUAUGUGGAAGGAGUCUUGUCCUGUAACUUCUGCAACACAGUUCCAGUUACUUAUAGCAAGAUAAUACAGACACAAGAAACGCAGAGAAAUUAAUUUUAUAAGCAUUCAUAAGGCUGAAAUUCAAGUCCCCUGUGAUUUGCUUAAUCUUUACAGAUGAGUUAUUCAUGAAUCUCCCGAAGAAUUUGAACUUCUACGUAUACUUGCUGAUAGUGGAGAAGGGUUCUGGUCUGUUGUGCCACCAACAGAUCUCUUAGACCAUGGGUUCACAGUGGAGGGAAUGCUACUGGGUUUAAAAUAACAGCAUUGUGGGUUCAAGUUCUGUCUCUGCUACUGACUAGAUGUGACCCUGGGCAUGCUUCUGGGUAUCCCCUUAUCUCAGUUUCUCUAUUUUAAAGCAUAAAUUUAAAAAGAGUCUUUAAAAUAGCAGUUUGGCUGUAGAAGCCAUGCUCUUAAUCACUAUAAUAUACAACCUUGCAUUAAAAAAUUUUUUUGAGGCAAAUAUCAUGGAUGUAGAGUCUAAGAUGUAAUAAAGAAUGACAGCCAAAACAUAGUAUAUA